UCAAUGUCAGUCUGAAUUUCUGACUCAUUACGGUUUUACAUUAUAAUAUCUGUAAUAAUUUACUUUCGAAUUCUAAAUUAAAUUCCGUAAAGUAGUAUAGCCAUGGCUUAUAUGACCCAGCCGGAUUAUGUUAAAUACGUUUGUUCCUGUGGUCAGAUCAAACCGAUCACAAGCUUGUAUUUUUGUCGCCACUGCUUGCAGAUACGUUGCGGCUUCUGUAUAUGCCAUGAAGUGGACUCCCACUACUGUGCCAACUGUCUGGAGAACAUGCCAUCUUCUGAAGCGAGGCUGAAAAAGAACAGAUGCAGCAGUUGUUUUGAAUGCCCUAGUUGCUUCCAUACACUUUCCACAAGGGCCACACUGGCUCAGCCGCGGCAAACACCAGAACAAGGAUCAGGAGACUCUAAAGUUGAAAAUAAGCAAGCAAAGAAAAUGUAUUACCUGUCCUGCUUUAAUUGUAGAUGGACAUCAAGAGAUGUUGGUAUACCUGACCAGCCAGUCGCUUCUGGUGGUUGGCCGGAAAGGGUGAAUCCAAAUGCGACCAGAGUAAAUCAACUCCUUGACUACUACAAAGCCAUCGCCCAACAAGAAAAGCAAGAGAAAUUAGACAGGGAACGGAAAAAGUUUGCCAUCAGAGGGAAAUAUAUUACACUUACUGAUAAAACCGGAUUGACGGGUGCAAUGGCUAGGAACAUAGCCGGCCUGCCCUCCAGUGAGAGCACAAUGUCAGCUAUAGCCAACUUUGUGCCCAGUGUGGCCUCCGCUGAGGUAGAGGAAUUGUCCGAGGAAUUCUACACAAAGGAACUGAAUUUGAAUCAAAUAACGAGCAUGGCGCAGCGGCUGGCGGCGCCGGAGUGGCAGCCCAGCAGCGUGGCGCGCCUCUACCCCGUGGCCAAGCUGCUGAGCGUGAAGCGCAGCCAGCGCUGCCGCGCCUGCGACCACAACCUCACCAAGCCCGAGUACAACCCUGGCUCUAUCAAGUUUAAAAUUGAACUGCUCGCAUUCUACCACGUGCCGGAGGUGAAGAUAAUCUCGUGCGAGCCGGUGCGCGCGGGCGGCGUCUGCCAGCUGCUGCUGAAGCUCAGCAACCCCACCGCGCACGAGAUGCAGCUGCGACUGCUGCAGCCCGCAGACCUGCCGCAGCCGGGGGCGGAGCCCGACAAGGCGCAGCCCGACACGCUGCACUCGCUCGACACCUCGCUAGAGAAGUCGCUCAACUUGGAUAAAGAGGAGGUGUGGCGCGAGACGGUGCAGCGCGAGGCUUGCGUGGCGGCCACGUGCCGCAUGCUGACGCCCGACCUGGCGCUCACGCUGGCGCAGCGCGACGACGCCGCGGAGUACGACGACGACGCCACGCACGACGCCAACGAUAUAAUAAUGUGGCGCAAGUCCAACAAGGUGGCGCUGCGGCUGCAGGUGGAGUGCGCGGCGGGGGCUGCGGGGGCUGCGACGGCGGCGCUGGCGCUCCAGUACCGCUACCGUAACGCCGUGCCCGCGCACGAGCCACGCGACCACACGCUGCACGCCACCCUCCUGCUGCAUCUCGGAGAUAUCUGCGGGUAGACUGACAUUACACCUCUUUUUCCACUAACCAAACCCUCGCGGUUAUAUAACUCAGUGGAAAAUGAGUGUAAUACUUACGUCACACGCUCGUGUGACUCAGUGGACUUCCACGAAUUGUUUCUACAAGCCAGUCAUAGUUUUGGCGAAAUUAGUAUGAGAUUUUUGGUUUACGUCAAAUGCUUAACUUUAUCAAUGACCGAUAUGACGCUUGUCACAAUAUUCGUGCGCCCACUGAAUACGAUUUUAAAUGUAGGAGAGUAACAGCAUAGAACUGACCUUGGCCGCUAAGUUAAAAAACUUAUUUAACUUUACACAUGGAACCAAAUCUUAAAGAGAAAAUUCUUUUCAAAAAAUAACUCUCAAAAGUACAAUAAUUCAAGUACUUUUAUUACUAUUUGUCAAAUUCAU